GCCCACCUCCCCGACAGCUUCGGGUCCAGGCAGCAAACUAAAAGUCCCGACACCGCCUCCCGGGGCGGCUGGGCGCUGCGCAUGCGCGUCGACUGGACCGGGCCAACCCGGGGCUCGUUCCUGCUGAUCGGAUUUCCCGGGAGGCUUCGCUUCUUCCGCUUUCGCGGAAGACCCCGCAGCCCCGAGUGUGGAUCGAGGUUUCAGAGUUGCGGAGCGUCUAUUCUUUCUGCGGCGAAGGCGUGGUCACUGGUGGCCAGGCCGCAGGGCGCCUCCCAUGGCGGGGCAGCGGGUGGAGGUCGACGGCGGGAUCAUGGAAGGGGGCGGCCAGAUCCUCAGGGUCUCCACCGCCCUCAGCUGCCUCCUGGGCCUCCCCUUGCGGGUGCAGAAGAUCCGGGCGGGCCGCAGCACGCCGGGCCUGAGGCCUCAACAUUUAUCUGGACUGGAAAUGAUUCGAGAUUUGUGUGAUGGGCAACUGGAGGGGGCAGAAAUUGGUUCAACAGAAGUAACCUUCACACCAGAGAAGAUCAAAGGUGGAAUCCACACAGCAGAUACCAAGACAGCAGGGAGUGUGUGCCUCUUGAUGCAGGUUUCAAUGCCGUGUGUUCUGUUUGCUGCUUCUCCAUCAGAACUUCACUUGAAAGGUGGAACUAAUGCUGAAAUGGCACCACAGAUCGACUACACAGUGAUGGUCUUCAAACCAAUUGUUGAAAAAUUUGGUUUUAAAUUUAAUUGUGACAUUAAAAUGAGGGGCUAUUAUCCAAAAGGUGGUGGUGAAGUGAUUGUCCGAAUGUCACCAGUUACACAGUUGAACCCAAUAAAUUUAACUGAUCGUGGCUCUGUGACUAAGAUAUGUGGAAGAGCUUUUGUUGCUGGUGUUUUGCCAUUUAAAGUAGCAAAAGAUAUGGCGGCGGCAGCUGUGAGAUGCAUCAGAAAAGAGAUCAGGGAUCUAUAUGUUAACAUUCAGCCUGUUCAGGAACCCAAAGACCAAGCAUUUGGCAAUGGAAAUGGAAUAAUCAUUAUUGCUGAGACAUCCACUGGCUGUUUGUUUGCAGGAUCAUCACUUGGGAAACGAGGUGUAAAUGCGGACAAGGUUGGAAUUGACGCUGCUGAAAUGCUGUUAGCUAACCUUAGACAUGGUGGAACUGUAGAUGAGUUUCUGCAAGACCAGCUGAUUAUUUUCAUGGCAUUGGCCAAUGGAGUUUCCAGAAUAAAAACAGGACCAAUUACACUCCAUACACAAACUGCUAUACAUUUUGCCGAACAACUAGCCAAGGCUAAAUUUACUGUGAAGAAAUCAGAAGAUGAAGAAGAUGCCUCUAAAGACACUUAUAUUAUUGAAUGCCAAGGAAUUGGGAUGAGAAAUCCAAAUCUAUAGGGUAUUUACCUCUUAAACAGUACCUCAGUGUUGUAUUGCACUAACUUAUUUCAUGCAUACUACAAAACAUUGAAUAUUAUUAAAGGGCCUGACUAAAUUUGGAUAUGAAGUAUGAUAUUCUAGAUUUACUGAGAAUGCUUCAUCAAAUUAAUCUUACUUUGAAUAUUUCCUGAGGUGGGAAAUAAAAUGUAAGAAUUGAUGGAUAUGUAUGAUAGCCAAUUUCGAUAUUAAAUUAUUAAAAUAAAAUAUUCUUUAUACUCUAGGAAAUUGUUUUUCUGUUUGUAAUUAAGUCAGGGAUAUAGCGUUGAUCAGUAAUUUGUGUAUAGUAGUCUCUUAAUCCAGUUUCACUUUCUGAGAUUUCAGUUACCUGGAGUUAGCCAUAGUCUAAAAUUAUAUGGAAAAUUCUAAACAUAAAUAUUUCACCAUUCUUAAAUGAAACCCCAUUGAGUAGCCUGAUGAAAUCUCAUACCUUUAGCUGUUCUGAUUGAGAUGUGAAUCAUUUGUCUCUGUAUUUAUAUUAUGUACACCACCUGCCUCUUAAUUGCUUAGUAACUGUCUUGGUUGUCAGAUCAAUUAUCAUAGUAUUGGAAUGCUUUUGUUCAUGUAAAUCUUAUUUUACACAGUAAUGGCCCCAACUACAUAAGUAAGGAUUCUGGCAAUUUAGCUAUGCCAAAGAAAAGCUGUAAAGUGCUCCCUUUACAUAUCAUUUCACACCAUUGUAAGAGUAUAUACUCUACAGUAAGAGAGAAACCACAUUCACAUAAAUUUUAUUAGAAAAUACAGUCAAGCAUUGUUUAACCACAGGGAAAUGUUCUGGGAAAUGUAUUGGUAAGCCGUUUCAUUGUGCAAAUGUCAUAGUAUAGGUUAAUCAUUUGAUGCAGCCUCUUGAUGCAUUAAAGAGACAUGGUAAAUACAAUGUAUGAAGCUGCUAUUAACACAGUGUGCUAUUUUGUAAUAAAUUUUGUUUUUUAUAGCUAGGAGAAUAAUGACAAAAGUGUGGUAUAAGAAAUACGUAAAGUAGUAACAGAGUCAUUUAUUAUCAUUUUUUGCCUCUGUAUAAAGUGCCAGGGAUUUACCCCAGGACCUUUGCACAUGCUAAGCAAGUGCUGUAUCACUCAGCUACAAUUCUAUAUUAUCAAGUAUUAUGUGCAGUACCUAUUUGUCUGUGCUGUACUCUUCUUGUCUGGCAGCACAAUAGGUUAGCACCAGCAUCACCACAAACAUGAGUAAUGCCUUGCACUAUGAUGUUAUGAUGGAUAUGAUAUCACUAGGUGAUAAGAAUUUUUUUAGAUCUGUUACAAUCUCAAGGGACCACUGUUAUUUAUGCUGUCCCUAAUUGAUUAAAAUGUUGUAAUGCAGUUCAUCAUACAUUAUUUUAAUUGCUCUGAUUUAUUAGUUUUUGUUGUUAAUCUUUUACUGUGCCUGAUUUAUGAAUUAAACUUUAUCAUAGGUAUGUUUGUAUAGAAGAAAUAAAACAUUAAAUACAGGG